AUGGUUGGCCAGAGACGCUGCGACAGUAUCGAAGAGACCGGUUCACGGAAACGGACAUUAGAGCGACAACUAGACCUACAUGCACCAUCUGUACGCAAACCCGACCACACAGAGGAGGAAGCGGGUGCCGCUCUGGUAGUCCUAGUGAAUGGCGAUCCGUAUAAGAGGGCAGGAGCAAGAACGCUACAAGAAAAGUUGGCUUCAGGAGACGUUCAUGUUUCAAGGAAAUUUGUCAACGAGUUCCUUACCAUAUUGGAUUAUGACGGUGUACAAAGCAGACGACCAGGUGCUCGCAAAGUCCAUCGCCAUGCCCUUCACUCUAUUGGUCCUGAUGAGGAGUGUCCGCAACAACCGCCUUGCGGACACGGCGCUUGGCUGCUUCUUAUUGGUCGUCCAGAAGAUGGGCGGUAUGUGGCACAAUCACCAAUUAGAAUGUCAAUAACAAGAUCCAGGUGUCCCAAUCCAAGUGACGGCAGACAAAGCUCCUCGUUUGCGCCAAAUAUGGAUCUACAAGAAGUUCCGGCGUUCGUCCACAUGAAAAGCACGCACAACAUCACUAUUGAGCGUCAAUGGAGAGCCCUUUACUCCACACAUCUUGAGAAUCUGAUCUUCUUUUGGCACGGUCAUGGAGGUGUAUACCAUGCUGCAGACGAAAUGCAUCAGUGA